AUGAUUCAAGAUUCAUCGACUUUGCUCAAGCACAAGCGAUCUGUCAAAGAUCAAAUUAUCAAUCGGCAUAAUGUCAAAUUUUUUAUUCGAAUUCUUGUCGGUCUUGCUUUGGCUCAUUUUAUUGGACAUCAAUUUCGAUUAAGUGAUGCUGCGCCGAAUAGGAAAUUUAGCUUGAAAAAUCGACCACAAAAAAUAUCUAUUGCAAAUGCAUCAACCAAUGAUGAAACAACAUCGACAAUUCGUACUACGACGGCUGCCACAGAGUCAACAACAAUUAGUUGGCAGCCAGGACAAUUAAAAAAUUGUACUGAACCAGCUAUUGGUGAAUUUCCCGACGAUCUCUUUACUCAAUCUCAACGGAGUCACGGAGCUGUAAUAUUUCAUUUGUUUGCUUGCUUUUAUAAUUUUAUUGCUAUUGCUAUUGUGGUUGACGAUUAUUUUAUUGCGGCACUCGACAAACUCUGUGCAGCAUUAGAUCUUGAUGAAGAUGUUGCUGGCGCAACGUUCAUGGCUGGCGGUUCAUCGUCACCAGAACUUUUUAUUGCUCUUAUCGGUAUUUUUGUGGCUAAAGGUGAUGUAGGUGUCGGCACAAUUGUUGGCUCGGCUGUUUUUAAUGUUGUAUGCGUCAUUGGCAUUUGUGGAUUGUUUGUUAAUGGAGCUAUUCGACUGACUUGGUGGCCAUUAUGUCGAGAUUCAGUUUAUUAUGCCUUUUCAAUCAUCGUUCUAAUUCUGUGUUUAUCCGAUGGUCGAAUAACAUUAUUUGAAUCGGGAUUUCUUCUUUUUAUCUACGUGGUCUAUAUUAUAAUUAUGUGUAAUAAUCAAAAUUUACAACGAUUCAUUGUUCAACGAUGGCAAAUAUUUCAAUCGUUUAAUGCUGUCGAAGAACCAAUUAUGAAUUAUGCUCAAACACAGAGAAAUUAUGGCAUGAAUAGCAAUUAUCAGCGUUUCGAAGAAGAAAUGAAUUCAACGAGAAUGUCAAUGAAUGAUCUGGCUUCGAUGGAUUUUGAAACAACAACAAUACGAAUCAUGAUGACGAGACGUUUUCCCGAGCGGACAAGAUUUAAAAUGGCUGUUCGAUUUGUUAUCAGUCAAGCAAAAUCACGUAAAGGACGAGGUAUUAGUCGUCCAGAAAAGCCUAGCAGCGAGCGACGCUUUUCAUUUUAUCAAGGUCGAACACCCAGCCUAUUAGCAAUCGAUGAAACGUAUGACCAUUGGAAAAUAAUUCCAAAUUAUAAUUAUAAUCCUAUUGGAUUUAUUAAAUGGGCUUCUGCCGUACCAAUUAGAAUAAUGUUCUACUAUACGAUUCCUGAUUGUCGAAGACCAAGAUUCUUUAAAUGGUAUCCAUUAACAUUCGCCAUGACUAUUGUUUGGUUAACCAUAUUAACUUAUUUCAUGGUCUGGAUGGUGACAAUAAUUGGUUUUACAUUUAGCAUACCUGACAGUAUCAUGGGAAUCACAUUUCUUGCAGCGGGUAGCAGCGUUCCGGAUGCACUUAGCAGUAUUCUAGUUGUUCGUCAAGGUCUUGUGGAUAUGGGUGUAUCGAAUACAUUCGGUUCGAAUGUAUUUGAUUUACUUGUCGGUCUCGCGUUACCAUGGUUUGCAAAGAUAUUAAUUAGUGGUGAACCAGUGCAUAUUAAUUCCAAUGGGCUUUUGUAUGAUGCGGUAUUAUUACUUGGCAUUGUUAUCAUAACGGUGAUGAGUAUUCAUGGUAGAAGAUGGUAUUUAGAUAGGUUUCUUGGUAUGUUUUUUCUGGCUGUCUAUGCAAUAUUCGUUGUUUUUUCAUUAUUAAUUGAACUAAAUGUUUUUGGUUUUGUCAAUCCACCUAUGUGUGUGUAA